GAGAUCAACAUCGGCUUCGAGUGCCGGUUUCUGACAAACGAGCACCCAGUCUGUGCGCCACUUGAAUACUCGACUGCCUGGGGUCUCCACACCAGUUCGACUUUGUACUUCAGGACUGGCUUACCCUGACAUCCUUCAGCAUCAGCAGACAAGGUCCUCCUUUCCAGCAUUCAAGCAGGUCGCAUGAAGAGAAGGCAGACGGCAAUUGUGAGAGGCGAGCCAUCGAAAACUUGCAAGGCGACGUUGCCCUCUAUCAUCUCACAUUCUAUAACAUCGCUUCCUCGAAGGCACAUAGACACUCGGUCACUCUGGCGUCGACGCACAGUGUACUCUUCCUUAAAUGGACGGCAAUGACCGUCGGCGCUCUCAGUAUGGACAGCCAUACCACACACAAGCGCAAUCGCGACCAGUACCGGGGCAACCCAUGGGACCCCCGAGCACCGAUCGAUAUGCACAGCCGUCAACCCCUGCCCGAAGUGAUAUUGGAAGAUCCUCGAUAACACGACCAUAUCUUCCCGGCUAUUCUGGAUAUGGGUACCAAGAGCAGCAAUUUGGUGGCUCACAUCUUCAAAGUAGCAGUCCAAUGCAAGGGGUUGAGAUGCAGUAUUCGCCCGCCUAUCUGCAGGAUCCCUCGAGGCAGCAGUCUGUUCAAGCCUCUCCCAGUCAGCAGCACCACUACACGCAAUACGCACAGGGCUCCAUGUUACCCCCUGUUGGGCCACAGGCUGUAUACGAUUCACUCUCAUUCCAACAACGCCAGUCAGCCGCGAUCGAAGUGAUGGCGAGCCAACUCGCUGUUCCGCAGUACAUGGGGCAAGGAGAACAGGCAGGGGUUGGGGUUGGAUCGAGUUCCUCUCAUUACAUGACCACACAAGCCGAGACCACCUCCUAUGGCAAUAUUGCCGCGAGUCGGGCGCCUCUAAGCGAGGCAUACGGAGGUGCGCAAGGCAGCUUUGGCGGCGUGGAGCAUACAGAAGUUCAAAGCACCGGUGGCCAAGGAGGCCAGGAGGCCUCCGAGGAGGGAUUACGAGAGUAUCGACAACAAAUCCGUUUGAUCUUCGACUCCAUCAUCGCAGGCAGAGUAACCGAGGCCAGUGAGAAGGUAGUCGCACUCUCCCGCUGGCUGGUCAACUCUGUAACGGCUCUUGGGCUUCACCACGAUGACGAGAGCAGGCACGCCGAACGGAUCGAACUUUGGCAGCACAUCAAUCUGUGUUGGGAGGCUUUGGGACAAAAGCAAAAGGACAUCACAGAGGAGGCGCUUCGAAGUCGGCGACAACCAAAUGAUGUCCUCUCUGCCGAAGCCAUCACCAACCUCGCCAAUGAGUUGAUUGGCCUGUGUGAUCAACUUGAACAGUACGGUUUAGUCGAUUUUGAGAUGGGGAUCUGGGAAGAGCAGAUUAUACACAUUCUGACCUUGUGCCUUGAUCUCCUGCCUCACAGCGACCCGGGUGCGCAGGGCAGUCGUGGACAGGUCGAGCCGGGCCGAUGACCAACCCGACCGGCAGGAAGGACCAAGAUAGACAUGAGUUGCUACUGCUAUCGGG